AUGCAUAUUCAGAUCAUCCAGAAGGCUCCAUUAUUUGAACUUGGAUGUUCUGAAUGUUCUGAAAAAAUUCAAAAGUACAAAUUGCACUGCGCAAUCAUUGAAGAAGGAGACGGGGAACAACACAUGGCGCCUGAUGGAAGAGGAGAGGAACAAAGAAGAGGAAGAAGAAGACAAGGGUCCCUUCUUCUUCCAUCAUUCCCUACUUAUUCUAUCCAGAAGAAGAACUACUCAUAUUCCUAUCCAUCUACAGAGAAAGCCCGUCAAAGUGGUGUGUGUUAUGCCGCGCUGUGUCAAGUGAUCUCCUACAAAACGAUCCACAGUAAGCAAUGGAUUUUCGACAACUUCCUGCCACGAUUCUCGCAAAUGCUCAAGGAUCCGACAAUGCACGUCCGGAAGCUCAAGACAUACUCAUAUAAUGCUCGCAACCCAUCCUCAUCCACCACACAUAAUACUAAUGGCCGUCCACUUGGGAAUAUAAGUGACGAACUUAAAAAAUUACAGAGCGCACUGCACAUUUUCGGAGAUUUGGGACGAAUGUUUGGACAGAAGUUCACUGAAGUUUUCCUCGUUCCUCAUCUAAUCACAUUAUCAUGCGAUAUGACAUGGGCGGUGCGGAAGGUGGCGUGUGAGAUCUUCGUAAAAGUGGCUGAAUGUGCAUCCCGAUCCGUCCGUGCCGAGAUCCUCUCUCCGAACUUUGUCCGCCUCCUCAACGAUCCCAACAAAUGGGUCUCAUUCAUCGCCUACCAACAACUCGGACCCUUCAUCGCCCUGUUCGCCGACGGCAACAUCACUGGUCUGUCGCUCUUCGAGGGACAAAUCAUCGUUCGUGAGCCAUCUGCCCGCGGAGCUGAGGAAAUCCAAGCUCGUCAUAAUAAAAUCGAUCAGAUGAUGGGAAUUUUUCUUGGAAGCGAGAAAUAUGACAAACUUCCACCGAACACGUGGCUACCGGAAGCCGAUGCGACGGAGGAUUUCGAGUAUCAGCUGGCGAUGAGUGAGGCGCUGAAGGAGGCGAAUACGGUGGCGGCCACGACGGCUUCAUCGAAGACGCCGAAACGAGGAGAACGAGUCAUGGAUAGUGUGAUCUCCGGGAUCAACAAAAUGUUCGGACCAUUUGAACGAAGCUCUCCGAAAUCCAAAGAAGUCGAAAAGAUCGCAGCCACCUUCUCGAGUCCAUCAAAGAAUCGGUCACCGCUUUCUCUACACGGAGCAGUCAGUUUGAUGGAUAAAUGGAGCAAGCGGUCGAAUCCCAAUAAUCCGCAACGCUUCCCAGUUUUCGACCCGACCAAUACCAACACGACGUCUUCUUCUGGCGCUUCCAGCUCCACGGACGCCAUCUCCACGUCAUCAUCACCCAAAGAGGAGAAGAUGGACCAGAGUGGAGGAGGGACUGGAAUCGCUGCGAAAUGCAAUUCAACCGACGAUUUGACGAAAUUGGGACUAGAAGAUGAUGCACCACCACCACCUCCACCAUCGACACCAUCAGAAGAAGAAGAAUCAGCAACGACAACGAAUUCAGAAGAAGAAUGUUCUCGAACGACGAGUCCACGUGGUCGACGAAUCGCCACAAGUGCCUGGUCGAAGCUCGACAUUCGUCAGAAGCUCUUUCUACGACGUCUCGGAGCACUUCCACCGUCAGACGGUGGUAAGAAGGCGUCGCUGAGCCCACGGUUGAAAUCGCCGACGCGUAGCGCUGUGUCGCCGUCAAAAUCCAAUAUUUUGAUGGUGUCCAGACGACGGACCGCGAAUAUUUUCGAUUUUGCUGAUCCAGUCGAUCUCACGAAACGAUUGGGGAAGAUGAGCGCGGUCGCUGCGGUCGAAUCGACGGUCGAGAAGGCGGACGAGCCGGACGAGAAGGCGAAGGAUCCUUCGAAGGAGGGAGGAAUAGAAUACAUGAACACUUCAUCUCGUGACACCUUCAACACGAAAGAAAACGAUGGGGAUCGAGAGGCUGAUGCGAACGAGGAGGAUUCAGAUGACGAUUCAGAUGAUUUUGACAAGUCAUUUGUGGAGGCGGAGCACCUGAUGGAAGAAGAUGCUCCAUUGACGAUUGACGUGAAGACGAAGACGGAAUCGGUUUCGAUGGUGGACCUGACAGAGCAAAAAGCACAGCGGGAGCCAGUAUCCAAUGAGUUCUCUCUGACGUUUUGGUCGUCGAAUUAUGCCAUUUCAUCCAUCGAAGAUGAGCUCAAACCAUUCGGCUCCUCCUCGUCAUUCACCAACUCUCCCACCUCGAACAGCUAUCUGGAGAGCCGUUUUGAUGUGAUGAAGCCACAAAGCGUCUCGCCGCGAGCUCGUUCUCAAUCCUUCGGAGUCAACGGAUCGCCGAUUGCGUUGUCGCCGAGAAGGUAUGAACUUGAAGAAUGCCGCCAAACUUAUAUUCCCAAACUCCCAAGCUCCCCAUUUUUAUCAAAAGCCAACAGCACAUCCGAAGAACCCCUCCUUGCCUCCUCUCCACCAACCAACGCUCUUCUGGACACAUCCAAAUCGGAUGACUCGAUUGUAAUGCUGAAUACAGAGGAAAAGGAGAAACUGGGAAUUCUGGAUAUCGACGAAAUGAACAUGUCCAUCUCGUCAGACAACUCGUCAAUGUACACAGAAGCUGGUGCCAUUGGAGAAUCCGACGUCUCGUUGACCUCGUUGGAUCAGCAGGUCGCGUUUCCGCAUGUGCCAGCGGAUUUGGUUGAGUCGUACAUGAAGGUGAUGGGUCCAAACGGACAUACUUCUGGAUCGGUUGCCACUGGAGACGAAUCUCUGUGCGCUGAGAUCUACCGACACUGUGCUCACAACUUCCCGGCGAUCUGCUACACACUUGGACGUGCCGCAUGGCCACGUCUCAAUUUGGUAUUCCGGAAGCUGGCGAUGGAUGAGCAGGCACGCGUCAGACAAUCGAUAUCAUACUCGAUUCAUGAGAUUGCCAACAUGCUGGGACAGCAGAUCGCUGAUGAGGACUUGUUGCCGGUUUUCUAUGAUUUGAGAAACGACCAGAAUGCCGAAGUCCGUGCUGGCAUCCUGACGCAUCUGUACGAUUUUGUCAAGUGUCUCUCGCUUGACAAACGCGACGAGAUGAUUCUAUCGCUGCCACAGUUCUUCCCAAUCGGCGCUCAGCCAGGAAAUCAGGCUCAGAAUGGAGAUUGGCGGUCGAGAUUCGAGUUGAUAUCCCAACUCUCAAAACUGUGCUCCCUGUACAGUAUCCAAGACGUCAACCUCCACAUGUCGGGAAUCGCUCUAACCCUUGCCGACGAUCGUGUCGCCGAAGUCCGCCGUGAAGCUGUGAUGCUCGUUUCAACGAUCGUCGGAGCACUGGUUUCAGAAGAGUGGGAGUAUCUGCAAGCUGAGCGAGACAUUGUGAACGGACACGUGGAUUUGAAGGGGAGCAAAAAGACUGGGUCAGGAGGAUAUACGUAUCUGUCCGAGCAAUUCGUCGAUGAUAUCAUCUCGAGCUUCGCCAAAACACAGAAAUGGACCAGGAGACAGACAUUCUGCUUCAUAUGCGCCCAAAUCCUCCGUGACAAACAGUGCAACGGCAUCCAGUUCCGCUACUUCUUCUCGGUUCCACUUCUGAAUCUCGUUCAUGACAAAGUGGCCAACGUUCGCCUAGCUUCGUGUGAAGCGAUGAGUGUCUGGCGGAAGACCCUCAUCGCGGCACGAUCCUCGAGAUCCCCCUACUCGUCACCAUCAUCAACAGAAGGAGCGUCGAUUCGUCGUGACAUCAAUCUGGUGUCCGAUAUGAUGGUUAAGCUAACCACCGAUUCGGACAUUGACGCUGCGUUCCUGGCGAAAAAGUGUCAAGGAUUGACGGACGAUCAGCAGCCGGUGGACGUGGAAGCUCGGACGAAUCGAAUGAGAGAACGAGAGCAGGCACAGUUUCAGAACGUUGUCAUGCAUGAUGAGAAGGGAAAUUUGGUGCGAUGCGUUGGGAAAACGGUCAUUGCGGUGAUUAAAGAAGUGCCUGCCCCAAAAGCUCUGAUCAGUGUCCCGGUUGAAACGGCGCCCGAAAAAGAGGCUCCUCUCCAGUCGAUGGACGAAUUUGACUGUGAAAUCAUGAAUCAGACGGAGACGACGAUCACGACGCCGCCAGAGGUUCGAGCGGAAGUUGUGCAGAUUUCGGAGGAUCAACAGCUGCAGGAUAACACAGAAGUCGUGGAUAUGGAGAUUGAGGAGGAAGAGGAAGAGACGCAGACAUUGGCGGUUGAGAUGGAGAAGGUUCAGGAGGAGAAGAAGGAAGUUGAGGAGGAGCAAAAGGAGAAGAAGACGACGUCGGAAGAGGUGGAUGUGCCGAUGGAUCCAGCACCAUCGCUACCACAGUCUCCAAAAUCCACGACGUCUGAAUCCACGACUCCAUCCACGCCAACCACAACAAACGUCAUCGCCAUUCCAAUCACUGAGAAUGCCACGUCACCAGAAGAUUCUGACGCCUAG